AUGACCCCAGCUGUAUCACCCGCACACACAGUCUUGUUCGAAGCGAAAGCUCGAAAGGGCAUCUCAUUCGAGCAAAUCGGCAAAGCCAUUGGCAGAGACGAAGUUUGGGUCGCAUCCGCUUUCUAUGGACAAGCGAAAUUCAAUGAAGAGGAAUUGAAGAAGCUCUCGGAAGUACUGGAGAUCAGUUCGGCCCAAAUCGUGAAGGAGCUGGGCGACCAGUGGUUCCCCAACCGUGGAUUGGGCCCUGUCCCGCCUUCCGACCCUGUUAUUUAUCGACUUUUUGAAGGAGUCCUUGUCUACGGCCAUCCUAUCAAGGCUAUUAUUCAUGAGAAGUUCGGAGACGGUAUCAUGUCCAUGAUUGACUGCAACAUCAACGUCGAGAGAAAGCCAGACCCCAAGGGCGAUCGUGUUGUCGUGACCUUUGAUGGAAAGUUCCUUCCUUACUCCAAGUGGUAG